GAGAAAUAAGGCAGGAUACGUAACUUGACGUGAAUACUCAAACUUCUGUAAACUAAAAGCAAGCGCUUUUAUUUCGAGCUGAUCAUUCUGAAGAAAAAAAUGACACGUCUCCUGCCUUUCCUGCGUCGCCUCGGCUUCGCGCGGGGCAGCGUACCCGGGUCUCGGCGGUUUUUUGUUCCCGCGAGUCUUGUCCUCGCUUUGUUCGUGCGCUUCUACACGACUGCAGUCCGGGUAGUUGAAGUUAACGACGACCGAGCGCAAGAGCAGCCUGAUGCGGGUAUAACCAGCACCACAGCUGCGGUUCUAUUGCAAGAUGAAACCCACCCUCGCGAAGCAGCCCCAGCCGCGUCGCCUUCUGCUUUGCACGAAGUGAAGGCGAAGAAGAAGAAGCUGAAAAAUCCCGUUGCGAUUUUUCACGGGCUCUCCGCGGACGCCGGUGCGGAAGACCACGAGGUGGCGUUCUUGAACCAGCAGCUGGGCGAUCGCUGGGAGUUUCACUCGAUCGAGUACGCACGAAAACAGGAGACCAUCCUGAUCCCCGUGGCCGAGCAGGCCAACCGCGCAUGUGCGUUGUUGCAGGCGGGUAUCGAAAGAAAAUAAGUAUUGAUCUGCCUCACGACUGUGAAAGUAAGUACUUGAAUACUUAGCUGCUUCUUAUAAUUUCAACAUCGAUUGGUUCUUCUUCUUAGAAGAUCACGAGUGCUGACUCACACGAAAACGUGGGCGGGAAUACUUCUCUGUGAUGAGAAACGUCACUGGAUGUUGAAAAAGUAAAGAUGCAGGUACUGACCGUGCGUGGUCAUCAUGAUACAAUACAACUUUCCUUCCAUAGCCAACCCCAGGUUCUUUUCCAGCAGUGCAGACGAUGCGCCAGACGAGCGGGUGAUGGCGAUCAUUGGCCACUCGAAUGGCGGCAUGGUCGGCCGCCACGUGCUGCAGAACUGCGCGCUGCCCCUGCGGAUCAAAUUUUUCGUCUCGGUGGGCGGACCGCAGCGGGGCAUCACCAAGAUUCCGCCCUCGGACCAGAUUCCCGUGUUCUUCCGAAAUCUGCUUGACUGGGUGGUGCGGAAAGCCUAUUUGUACCCCUGGGUGCAGUAUCCUGUGCAAAAGCAUCGUACUCGUAUUGCAUUCAUGCAUUACAAAUCUUGUUCUUAAGGUCAAUCUGCAUUACAAAUUUCAUUUCUCAUGCUGAGUAAAUUGGUAAUGCAUUUAUGCGAGUACGAUCACGAUACUUUUGCACCGGAAAUGCAGCGCCUGAUCGGGCCCGCGGGCUACGUGUACAACCCGAGGGACAUGCGGAGUUUUGGCAACGCAAAUACUUUUCUCGGAAAGCUGAACAACGAGUGCGCGGAGUACAACGCCGACACAGCGGCGGGAAAGCUGCAGAAGCAGAAUCUGCUGCGAAAUCUCCUUGGGGAGGGGGAUCGAGCGGUAGAGCAGGACGACAAGAAGAUAUUAAACAGGACUUCAUCUCGACGACACCGCACCAAAACGGACGACGAGGUGGAAGAAGGCCUGCGUGGCGUUGUCAAGGAAGCAGCGAACUACAAUCCGAAGGUACUCCUGGACGAGCUCCAAGACGUCGAACAGACCACGUUCUCAACAAACGGUGCGAUGCUUGUUCACUGGGAUGAACAAAAUGUGCUAUCGCCGGGUGCUGGAAAAAAUGCUGCCACGUCAAACUUCACUAUUUCCGACCCCGGUGUGAACCCGCCAGACUGGAAAACAAGAGGAAGACCAGAACAACCCAAGGAGGAAGUAGUAGAAGAUCGGACCGAGGAUCAGUUAUUUUCAGUGGACAAAUUCCGUCUCCUCCAAUCGAAAAAUACGCCGGGUACAACGGGCACGAUGGCGAGCGCGAGACCGGGAGCACCGGUAACCAGGCAGAAAGUAGAACCCGAGGACGUCGGUGCAAUGCUGUUGAUCAAGUUUGCGCAGGACGAAAUCGUCGUGCCACGAGAAAUAUGGAUUGCAAAUAUGUCUGGGUCUGGAAACUUGUAAUGCUAAAAGUAAAUGAUAGACGCACUGCGAUACGCAGCUAUGCAUGACAAAUUUUUUGGCUGCCAUGCCUUACCUAUUCCGCAUGGCAAGCUGCCUUUUUGCAUGACAGGUCCAUGUGAGGCCACCAGAGCGAAAACUUCUACGGAGUCUUUGCCUAACUUAGCCUGCGACCAUGGUCGUGAGUAGCCCCGAGGUUUUUCAUAUCCAGCAGCAGUCCGUCGAACAGUCCCCGUACCCCCAGAGUAGCCCCCCCAACUACUCGCCCGAGCCAAUGAUCCCACUCGUGCUUCGCACCAACAUAGGAUGGGCUCAUUUUCUCGCUUCCAGGGAGUGCGAGUUGGUAACUAACCGACAUUGUGCCAAGAGGAGGGCCUCCCCGGGACCGCCUGGCGAAAGCCUGCCACGGGUUUCACUGUCCACGGGUGGUGUUGCGGGUAAUCCUGGCGAAAGCCAAAAACCGGCAGAAAAUGGGGCCACGGAAGCGUUCUUGCUGGACAUUACCAACAUUUGCCCACGCAGAGCCGUCCUCUUGCCGGACACAGCCAACAUCUGUCCGAAACAGCCUAGGGCCAAGACGACGCCGCGAGGACGACCACAGGGGGUCCGUCUCAAUGAUGAUGAUGAUGACAGGUAAGAGGGCUUUUUCGUGCUUAUGCAACACAGAUUCUCGUCGAGUCAUGCCAGACAAGCAUGACAAACUUGCAUUCUUCCAGACCCAGACAUUUUUGCAGUUGAUAAGAAACGGAGUUCUUCGCGCAGGAAAAUAGCGAGGGAGCCGUCGUGCCAUUGGAGGACUCCGGACCCUUUUAUUCCGACGACCUCAUCGGCCUGCGGACCUUGGCGGAACGCAAGCGGCUCUUCUUUUUCACGUCCCCCGAACACCAUGACAGACUCACCGACCAGGACCGUCUACAGAGCAUCGUUCCGCUUUUUCGCCAUGGAACGCUUGCGCGUGAGGCAACUGGACCGGACACUUUGGAGGGCGACCCGGAGAGAAUCGUAAUCUGAAGCCUUUUUGAAGUAGUUUUUCUUUUUCAUGCACGUUGGUGCGGGACCUUCCACGUCACACUGUCUUGUGCCAACUUCUGUGUCCCAAAAGUAAUGCUGAUUCCAGAGUAUGAGUAAGUGUAAGUCUUUACAGUUAUGAUCUUACACAAACUACGUCGCGCAAUAUUAAGG